AUGUCGGUUGCAUUUGGGACUGUGUCCCUCAGGGUUUCGAGGAAAGAGUCGAUUCAUGUUAGGUGUCCACCUCCUCUGCAAUGGGCACUAUCUUUGACUGGAUACAUUGUGCUUUUCUGGCGAAUGAGUGGCCAUUUUCGGGCAAAAUCUGGGCCGUCGUUUGCAGGCCUGUGGCCCAGAAGCAGACAGAAGCCAGCAGCAAAGCAACUCUAUUCCCACACGCUAAAGGAAUUGCAGGAAAAAAUGAAAUUAGGCGAGCAGAUCAGUGUCGCCCUAGGGUCGGACACCAACCAGGGAGUGCUUUCCAGAGCCAGCGACUGUCAGGGCUCCCGACUCAAUGACCAUAAAUCAACUCUGCAUACCCCACAAGGUUCCCAGCCCCACCUCCACCACAUCCCCCCGAAGACACCCUUCGACAGGCUGUCUUUUGCCUACCCCUUGACUUCAGAGCCGCAUUUUAUCCGGUCGCACUCACCUGUACCCUCCAGGGCCUGCACACUUUCCCCAAAGGGUUGA